AAAGAAAAUAGUAGCAGCCACAGCAGAAUGCCCUCUAUCAUAAAACUUAAUGCAAUCUAUUGGGAAGUGAAAGCUUUAAGACAUUCCAGCCCAAGAAAGCUUUCGAAAGCUUCCGUUGUAAUGUGACAGCUGUGGAUAAAGUUGCUUUUGUUUACCUUUUUGGGCAGCAAAACACCCCUUUUUCAAAACAAAACAAACUUUUUCGCCAGGAUUCUCUGCAGGAUACCAGGCAAAUGUGCGCAGCACAAAAGCUCCACAGGAUGGUAACCAAAACAUUGAUUGACGGACGAUUGGAGAGCAUAUUCGAAAAAAAUACAUAAUAAAUACUCGCAGACCAGUGAACGGUGAGCACAGUUUUGCAUGGGAUUAAAGGAGAUACAUGGAAAGCAAAAAAUGAAUCACUAAAUAAAAUUUUCAUUUGAAGUUGCAAAGAAAAAAUCCAAAAUAAAAUAAAUAAAACUAGAGAAUAUAGAGAAAAUUUUACAAAAUUGUUUAGUUUGUGCAUACACAUACACAUGUAUACAACGAAAAUUGUCUCAAAGAAAUUCAAAUUCUGUGUGACUUGCAAUUUGUGGUGAAAAAGUUGCUUGAAAGUUUUCCAUAACGAGGAAUAGCUGCAGCAAGUCCUUGAUGGCUUAGCCCAAGUGCUCUCGUGAACAGAUAAAUCGGAAUAUCUUCCAACAUUCGUUUGUUCUUUAUCUUCCUUUCUCCUCUUUGUUGUUGUACUCUAUGUAAUUACUUUUAGUAGUUGUGAAAAGAAAAACUAAAUAAAAAAAAUUAACAGUAAAGAUAAAAAACAAAAAUAUAAAACAUAUCUCUAGACAUUAAUGUACAAAAAAGAAAAGACAUAAAAAAAGUCCUCCCCCGCCAGUCCUCCUCCCUUCGAGUAGCAUUAAGUCUCAAAACAGGAGCGCAAAACCACUGGAGUUUCAGUAGACCUAAAAAAAAAACACUGCCAACGAGAAGACACGCAAGCACGAACGACAAGUGAGUGAAGAACUCAGAGCAAAGAGGGCAAUGGCUCCGUUCAAACUAAAGUUUCGCAUGGGAAGCUCACGCAGCACUUCGCAGGAACAUGAACCCGAUCCUCAGGUAAAUGAGGCCUUACUAAAUCAUCAGACAAGUGGAGCGAUUGGAGCCAGCAGCUCCACCAUAGACUCUGUGGACUGCAACAGUUUGGUGUCGCUCAAUGCGAGCGAACGCAAACUCUUGCUGCCGGCCAAGAGCAACAAUUUGAGAAUGGGCUUCAUAAACCAGAAUCAGACGAUUCAAGGAGAAAGUAUUCCCACCACACCGCCACCAACAUACGAACAUGUUUUAGAAGAGCAACGACAAUUGGCCAAUGCUGGCAUUAUCAACGACGAUUCCAAUCAUUUAAAUGAACUCGAACAAUUGAGUCUCAACGAAUUGCCCUGUACCGAUCCCAAUUGCCAGGAGAAUUUUCUAACACACAGCAGCAGCAGCAACAACAACAACAACAUUCAUCCUAUUAAUAUACACAACAACAACAUCGAAACGGCUGCAACAACAACUAACCCAAAUAACACCCAAGAGACAUUGGGUAACAACGAUCAUUUGGCAACAAAACAGGGUGACAAGAAGCGCAACAACGACGUCGACGAAGAGGAAGCUGACGAAAAUAAUCCCGACGAGGAUCGUAAGGAGUCCAUAGAUUCGCAAGAAUUGCUAUUGGGCGAAAAUAUGACAGAUUCUUCUUCCGAUCAGGAGCGAGAACAGAUGGUGGAUAACAAUUGCACGGGCAAUUGUCAACAGUACAGUGAUGGCACAAACAGUUGCCAACAGUACAGCGAUGGCACAAACACUUGUCAACAGUACAACGAUGGCGCGGGCAAUUGUCAACAGUAUGGCGAUGGCUCGGCCUCAUGUUCAGGAGGUGGCCAAGGCGAACAUAAUCAGAAUAAUGAUUUUUACGACCCCUUGAUGAAUCAUGGAGUCUAUUGCAAUGAUGCUUCACAUUAUGAUGACGACUAUCAGAGUCACCACCAACAGAUGUACGACAACGAUGGCAAUUCAGGCGAAUGCAAUGAAUCAUGUACCAGUGAGCAUCAUCACUGGGAGAUGAACCAACAAUCCAGCUCCCACCAGAGUCUCCAGUGCGACAGCGGCGGCGACCAACAACAGCAGCUGAGUUUACAUCAACAACAGCAGCAGUAUUAUCAGCAACAGUUGGAACGCUCGCUGACACCGGAAAUAAUCAGCAAUAAAUCCUCCAAGGAAAUCUACAAGGAUCUCGCCAAACAAUGUGGCAUAACGUGCAAAAUGUCAGACGGUUGCCGCUGCAUGGAAUGUCAAAGUCAUUACUUUGAUUGUGAAUUUGAUGAUAAUGAACACCAAAAAACAGACGGUGGCUUGGGGGCUGGUACACCCAUGUUUAUUACCGAAGUUAUGCAUGGAUCGGCCUGUAAUAUUUUGUAAAGUGUUGCAACAGAUGUACUGAUGAAAACCAAACGAUUGGAGAUCGAAACUUGUUCUUUUAUUAGCUGAGGAUUUAUUUAUGAAAUUUAUCAGAAAAUUUUACACAAAAACAAAACGUACUUGGAGGCCAGGUCGGAUGGAAUCACGACAAUGCUUCAAUAGAUAAAUAAUUGAACAAUGAUGCAUUCAAAGCUCUUCACAUACAUACAUAUACAAACAUAAACUACACCUCCCAAACGAUGUAGAAAUGCACCCAACCAGGCAUAGAUGUAUUUGGAUGGCAAGUUUUAAAGUCUAUCAACCAAAAAAUAAA